AUGACGUCUUCCGAUUUGCGCGACGUUCUCAAUCUGGGAGACAGUUCCUCAGACCCCCGACCUUCCAAGAAACAGAAAACCGGGCAGCCGAAACCCAAUCUCAAGGGUCUAGCCAGAGAGGUCCUCAACCUCGGUGGCGAUAAUCCCGUGUCGAUUAUACCGGCCAAGAAUCAAUUCAAGAAGAGGCGUCUCGGGGGCCGCAAACCGGCUGCGCGAUGGGAACUCCGCGAGUUCCGCAACUCAGGGCGCGACGAUGGGUCGUUGAUCUUGCGCCAUUGGCGACGGGUAGGUAUCAAGGACUCUGCCGCGGCUGGUGGCGAGAAUCAAAAGCAGCCCGAGGCCCAAUCACCGGGUGGUGGACAAUCGCAAGCACGGGGCCCGGAACAACAUGCAGACAAGAACCAAGGCGAGGCGGAACGAGACAUGGAAGACUCGGCGUUCGCCAAGUUCAACGUGAGAAUCCAAGUCCCGCAAUACUCUCAGGACCAGUACCGCGUCUCGCUGCAAAGCGAAGAUUGGACAAGAGAGGAGACGGACUACUUGAUGGGCAUGGCAAGCGACUUUGAUCUCCGCUGGCCACUCAUCUGGGAUCGAUACGAGUAUCAACCCCCGGCGACGAAUGGGGUGGCCGACGCGGAUGGGGAUGAGAAUAAGGCGAUCGUCCCUGCCACGAGGCCUCGGUCCAUGGAGGACCUCAAGGCCAGAUACUACGAGGUCGCUGCCAAGAUGAUGGCCGCUCAGAAACCGGUGCAGUACAUGACGCAGCAAGAGUAUGCGCUGCACGAGACCAUGGCGCAUUUCAAUCCUAAACAAGAGAAGCUGAGGAAGGAAUUCGCAGUGAAUUCCAUGUCGCGAUCAAAGGAAGAAGCCAGAGAAGAAGAGUCGUUGCUGUUAGAGGUCAAGCGGAUAAUGGCAAGGAGUGAGCGAUUCAACGAAGAGAGGAGAGAGCUGUAUAACCGGUUGGAUUAUCCCAAGGCUGAGACGGACAUCAACCCAUUCAAGUCCUCGGCCGGAUUGCAGACUUUGCUGCAGAAUCUCAUGAGUACGGACAAGUCAAAGAAGAGAAAAUCCAUCGUGGGCAUCGAAACUACGGCUGGCGCUGGGCCUGGAGCGGCUGGAGCGGCUCAGAAUUUACCAGGGCCGGAAUCAGGCAGGCGGGAGAGUGCUGCUCUGUCGAAUGCCGCGACUCGCGAGUCUACGGCAGCCACGCCAACGCCCACCGCUGCCAGCAAGAAGGCACAGCAACUACAAGAGAGGCAGCAGCAACAACCGACAGAGCGCAGGAAGCUCAACCACCAGGAGGAGGCCGUGUACGGUGUUACGCACCACGACCGACUUGGUUCAGGACCUGUGUUCCGGACCGAAAAGAUCAACAAACUCUUCUCCCACAAGUCCAACCAACAACAGCUCCGAAUCAGCAACGCCCUCAACGAGUUGGAUGUUCCCGCCAAGUUGGCAAUGCCAACCGCUGCGACCACCCUGCAGUACGAACAGCUCCUUGCUGCUGUCAACAGUUUAUUGGACGCGCGAAAGGUAUCCGACAAGCUCGACGGCGAGAUCAAGAUCGAGCAGGCCAAAAAGGCAGAGCGCGAGAAGAACCAAGGCCCCGCUGCUUCCCAGAAGGAGACCGCUCCGGCGGACAGCGAGCAGAAGGCUGGCGGCGAGGGUAAGAAGCCUGAUGACUCUGUUGCCUCUAGAGAUGAACGAGAGCCCGGGGACAAGGCCGCCGGCCAGACUGGUGGGAACAAGGCCGACGAUGCCAAAGAUCAACGGGAACCACCACCUGCAGGGGCCGAUGACGCAGCAGAAGCAUCGACUUCCAAACCAGGACAAGAUGAAGAGGCUGCCGCCCCCGCGGAGAAGCUGGCAGAAGCCGAACGAGAAAGGGAAAGGGAAAAGAGCGCUCGGCCGGCGAGCAGCAAUGGUCCUCACAAGCGAAGCGCCAGUGUUUUAAGCAGCGUGAGCGACAAGAGUGCUAAACGACAAAAGAAGUGA